AUGUGUACGGAAGCUUUUGAACCUCCAUGGAUGAGAGAUUUGUUGGGACCAAACAGGGAUGCCAAUCCAAACCUCAAUAUACCAGAUUACAAACCCCGAAGAGGUUUGGAGUUUGAUUCAUUGGAUGAUGCAAAAAAAUUUUACAAUGAGUUCGAAAGGAUUACUGGUUUCAGUGUUCGAAUUGAAUACUCUAACACAUGCAAAAAAACAGAGAGGAUCACUUCUAGGAGGUUUGUUUGUCCGAAAGAAGGGUUCCAACGUGAAGACAAUAGGGAUAUCAAAACUAAAAAGCCACGUCAAGAGACAAGAAUUGGUUGCAAGGCCCUUAUGACAGUUGUAUUGAAUAAAAAGAGCCAAAAAUAUGAGGUUACUGAUUUUUUUGAUGAUCACAAUCACCCACUUCAUAUUCAAGAAUGUGUCCAUUUGAUGCCUUCGCAACGAAAAAUUACAAAAGCUCAAGCAAUUGAAGCUGAUUUGGCAGAGGCCUCUGGGAUUAGAUUACGAUCAUCGUUUGAGCUUGCAUUUCGGCAAACAGAGGGAAGGGAAUGUCUUGGUUUUACUCGCCAAGAUUUGAAAAACUAUCUUUGGACCAAACGACAACGGGACUUGAAGUUUGGGGAAGCUGGAAGUUUAUUGGCGUAUUUCGCGGACAAAUCAAUGAAAGAUUCUUCAUUUCACUUUAAUAUGCAAUUAGAUGUUGAAGAACAAAUUACUAACAUCUUUUGGGCUGAUCCGAAAAUGAUAAUUGACUAUAGUGUGUUUGGGGAUUUUAGUGUUAUAUUUGGGGCUGCACUUCUCUAUGAUGAAACUGUUGCCUCGUUUGAAUGGUCAUUUAGGAGUUUCUUGGAUUCUAUGUCGGGAAAGAAACCGAAAACAUUUUUCACCGAUCAAGACCCUGCUAUGGCAAAGGCUAUUUCGUUGGUUAUGCCUGGUUUGGGGGAAUCUCUGCCUAUGGUAAACCAUGGAAAAGGUUCCUAG